AUGAUGGCCAACAUGGGGUUCAAGUCCGGCACGGGCCUCGGCAAGGACGGGCAGGGGAUCGUCGCGCCGCUGGAGGGCGUCUCGCGCCCCGCCCACGCCGGGCUCGGCAGCGUCGAGGAGCACAGGCCCUUCUUCCACGGUAAGGAGAACCUGCCGCCCCCGCCCCCGCCGCCCGCCGAGGAGGAACCGGAACCGCCGCGGUGGUCCAGGAAGGCCGCCGCCGCGAGGAACAGUCGUGCUCCUGGCCUUGUCCUGUCUAAGAGCGCGCUGCUGACGACGCGUGCCGAGCAGGUACAGCCCAUGGUUGUGGACAGGGUGAUCGACAUGCGAGGCCCUCAGCCGCGCGUGCUGACGGACAUGACAGGGCUCAACGACGAACAAGAGAUGGAUUUGGAUGAAGACCUCCCCAUGCCGGAGCUGCAGUACAAUCUCCAGGUCCUCGUCGACCAGGCCGCGGCCGGCAUCAGGGGCCUGGACGAGCAGCUGCAGCGGGAGAAGGAGGACGUGGCUAGCCUGACGCGUGAGAAAAACAGACUGGCAGAGCAUGAGGCUUCGCACGGACACGAGCUGCAGGUCAUGGAGGCCAUCACCGGGGCUCUCGAGCAGGUCCGGGCGGACGAGGCGGCCGGCGUGCUCACUCCGGAAGCCCUGCUAGACACCUUCCGGGAACUGAAGACGCGCCACGAGGAGGUGUUCGACCUCUGUGGCCUCGCAUGGAUCGCCUGCGAGUUCGUGCGUCCCCUGCUGGUCAGGGCGUGCCAUGGGUGGCAGCCGCUGCGUGAUCCCUCGUUUGGGUUGGAACUAAUGACGCAGUGGAAGGAUUUUCUUCAGCAGCAUCCGCAGCAUUAUGAUUUCAGAUCAGAUUACAUUGAUCCAUACACUCAGCUUCUGCUCGAUGUGAUUCUGCCGGUCGUCAGAGCAUCGGGCGCUAACUCAUGGGAUGCCCGGGAUCCCGAGCCGAUGCUCCGGUUUCUUGAAUCGUGGGAAGAGCUGCUACCACCAGUUGUGCUUGAAUCAACGUUGGAGGAUGUGAUCAUGCCGAAGCUCUCUGCCGCCAUCGACUCUUGGGAUCGCGAGAAUGUGCCGAUCCAUGCGUGGGUGCACCCAUGGCUGCCGAUUCUGGGGCAAAGCAGGACAGAGACCCUGUGCCAUUCUGUUCGGUACAAGCUGAGCACCGGCGUCCUCUGCUCAUGGCAAUCACACGACGCGUCGGCCUACGCCGCUCUAUCUCCAUGGAAGGGCGUGUUUGAUCCGGCGAGCUGGGAGGCCAUGAUCACGCGGUACAUCGUACCCAAGCUGAAGCUGGCACUGCAGGAGUUGCAGAUCAGCCCGGCUGUUAACAGCCAGGAGCUCGACCAGUUCAACGACCGGGUGAUGAUCUGGUCUUCUGCUAUCCCAGCGUACUGUAUGGUUCAUUUGUUGGAGGUGGAAUUCUUCAGCAAAUGGCUACUGGUUCUCUACCAUUGGCUGCGCUCCACGGAUCCUGAUUUCGACGAGGUCGUGUACUGGUACAAGAGCUGGAGGGGGAUUUUACCACCAGAGUUGAUCGCACAUCGUCGUGUACGGAUGCUUCUGGCUGCUGGCCUUGUCAUGAUGGACAAUGCCGCCGAAGGGCGUGAGGUGUUGCUGCCUGGGGCGGCAAGGGAGGCCACGGGGUGCCCGGAAGCAGCAGAGGAUCAGCAGUUCGAUGCGGCGCAGCGAGCACCACCGCAACAAGUGCCAGGAGCAGCCAUGGAGGAUUUGAGUUUCAAGGACCGCAUCUUGGCGUAUGCAGAGGAACACGGUUUGAAGUUCAUGCCCAGCGCUGGCAAAUUCUACAAUGGUGUUCCGGUGUAUGAGUUUGGCUGCAUAAGAGUCCGCCUAGAUUCCGUGAAGGGGCUGCUUUUUGCGCAAGUUCAAGGAUCAUGGAGUUCUGUGACUCUCGUGCAAUUGAUGGAGAUGAACCGGAUGGCAACACCAUGCUAACAUCCAAUUGAAGUUUCAGACAAAAAUGCGUGUACAGUUUAAGUCUUAACACUGUAAUUUUGUGGGUACUUUUUGUA